AUGGUGCUCGAUAUGAUUAUCCCUGAGAUUUGGACAUAUGUCGAGGCCAUUCUUUCAUACAAUCCUGUUCAUCGCCGGAAGUGGGAUUUCUCUGGUUUGAUGCACUACUUUUCCUGUCGAGCAAAAGAAUCGCGGGAGCUGUUCAAGUCCGUCAUUCCGUUCAUGACUCGACUUGCACUGGAGCUGCCCAAGGUCCUGGAGCAGCCAAUUCCGCUUCUAAAAAUCGGCGAGAAUAAGGCCAUUACUUUGAGUCAGCGACAGAUCGCUUCGCUGUUGGCAAAUGCGUUUUUUUGCACAUUUCCACGGCGGAACGAUCAUCGGAAAUCGUCAGAAUAUGGAACCUUCCCCUCGAUCCACUUCAACCUGCUCUUUGCCGGUGUUCCGUCAAGCGGAGAAUGUUUUCCGGCUCAGGCAGCAAAGCUCGAUGGGCUAUUUCAUUACUUCCGGACGAUCAUGCGCAAAGACCCGCAAGGCACAGUUACAUUUCAGCGUAGGGCUGUACCGCCUGACUGCCUCCCCGUGUGGAACGAAUGCCCCGAGCUGCUCUCUGAAAUGACAGUUGACGCAGCUGGGAGCAUUGAAGAUGACGGGCGAGACAUGCUUCAGCUUGAUUUUGCAAACAAGAUGAUCGGCGGCGGCGUCGUUGGACGGGGGGCCGUUCAAGAGGAAAUCCGGUUCAUUCUAUCUCCAGAACUGAUAGUGUCACGACUCUUUGUCGAGGAGCUUCAGGACUACGAAUGUGUAUUGAUUGUCGGAGCACAGCGAUAUUCUCGUCACCAAGGGUACAGCUCCACGUUCGAGUGGUACCAAAGGAAGUCAGUCAUCCGCGAGCUCAACAAAGCAUAUGGCGGAUUUCUUCCGUCACCAGUCUCUUCGCACGACGUAGCAACGCCAAUCGCAACGGGCAACUGGGGCUGUGGCGCCUUCAACGGCGACCCUCAGCUCAAGUCUCUGCUGCAACUUAUGGCGGCAUCCGUUGCCAAGAGACAGCUAUUCUACUUCACCUUUGGCGAUUACGAGCUGUGCAGCCAGCUCAGGGCCAUUCAUACAGGCCUCAAAGAGCAAAUGGUGACCGUGGGUCAGCUGUACGACUGGAUUCGGGCAUACUUCACGAAUAUCGUUCGAGCCAACAUCGAGAGCAAUUCUAAGAUUUCGACAACACUCUAUGAUUAUAUUUGGAGCCAGCUGGAGUGA